ACUACCGACCGGUGAGCACAUAUUUUUCAAUUUGCCCUCGAUUUUCACGAACAGAAGAGAGAAAAGGAGGGAUUCGAAAAUAUUGCAUCGUGUUCGACAUGAAUUUUAGUUGGAACGUGCAGGGUUCCGGUGAAAAAAAUAACCGCGCGAGGAUCGAUCUUCGUCUUGGCGAAAUUUCGCGUACACACGAGUAAACAGAGGGUGAAGGAGGACACGCGAUUCGUUGGUGCCUGUCGACGCACGCGUACACGUUCUAUCAUACACGAUAUAUCAUAGGCAAUGUGCAUCCUAGCGAUUGUGGCAUACGUUUCGCGUGACCCGUGAACGUUUUGCCUGUAACGCGCUACGACUCGCACGAGUUCUCGAAAUCGGGGCUGAUCGUUCCAAUUGUUUACCCGUGCAUCCAUUUGGUCCGACUCUAGGAGAUCGUUCGAGCUAGUGGCAUCCAAGUAUCAACGAUACCGGCUUCGUCGAUGGUAAUCGUCACUGUGACUGCAGUCCUAUAAAUUUACGUCACGUCUGUGUAGCGCGUCACGAUCGUAUCCUUGGACGUUGGUGUCCGAGAAAAGAAGGGAACGAAUAAGAGUGAAUCGAUUUUCAACAGUACCGACGAAUACCUGUCGAGAAUUAUCUCGAUAUUACGCUGGUUCCGUAGGAAAGAUAUAGCUUAGGAGAAAAGGAGAAUCAGAAAAGUCCGAGCGCGUGGUAUAGCGGACUUUUCUUCAGUGGCAGAUGGCUUGAAAUCGUAUGCACCGCGUCCUGGUCUCUGCAUCGCGUUUUGCAGCACGUUGCGAGCCCUGAAGGCUCUGUCUAAGUAACAGUACUUCCUCGCGCUCGGUGGAGUAAGCCUCUCUCCGAAGAACGGGACCCACACUCCACGAGCCCGCUCUCUACACGCUCCUCGCCUCUCGCCCCCUCCCGUCUCUUCACCGAACAUACUCUUUCUGUGUAUUUCCCUCUCCUUCUAUCGUGCCCGAAGUAGUCUGGCCGGUCGAGCACGGGGAGUCUCGUGAAACCAGUCCUCGUACGGUGGACCUCUCGGUUGGGACCUGGCGAAGAGAGGAGGUUGUUCGCUUGUUCCUCUACACCGGCACCUUUUGCACCUGCCGUGUGAUUCCAAGUUUUUUUGCGUUUCCAAAUCGAUGCCCUCUGUGCUACCUCAUCCGAAUAGUAACGAGAUUUUCCGCGGAUGUUCGUUCACGCUUCGCUACAGUGAGACUCCGAUCGGCUUCGCGUGAAUGCGAAACGACGCGCAGUGUGUUUAUUGCACAAACCAGUCCUGCUAGACGGAAGGACGCAUCGGUCAUUUGUUAAGUGGCACGCUUUUGUACCGAACGCGGUACGCCAAGAUUGCAGGUGUACCAUUUGCUGCAACAUUUUCGGAGAGCUUAGCUUCCAGUCACUCUGUUGUGAAUACGACGUGUGAUUUAUAGAGGGGAAUGGAAUAAGAAACGUUUCAUUAAAAACGGGAGAAGAAUCGAGGAUUUAUGAAAUUAAAGAAAACGUCCGUGUUACGAUAUUUUGUAUUUCUUAGCGUAGACGUGAUGCUCGCGUCAAGGUGCGCGACGUUUAAUUCGCCCCAUGUCAAUUUUUGGAGGAUUCCGAGAAUCGAGAAAAUUCUUACGAGCGAGAAGAUCAGCGACCAGUAAAUAUCAAGAUCGGUAACACGUGCGAGCAGAGAGACUCGCGUAAAAUCACAGUCACCAUGUCAAUCGCUGUCGAAGCGUAUCGGAGGUCGAGGUGUACUUUGGAGAAAUAAAAUGAACGAAAAAGCUAAAUACUCUGUGGAAGUUUAGAAGAAUCCGUCGUGGUCACCGAAGCCGAGCGAUUAUCAGUUUGGCGAAGGAGAGGUUAUGUGCCUCUCUCCGGAUUCGACCUAACCUCCAAGUGUCUCGAUUACGAGUCCCACUAAUCUAAUUCGUGCCUCUUACUGCCGCGCACUCGAUGGAAGCGCUGACCGUAUGCUAUAUCGUGUAACUUCUUUUUAUAGCUAUCGAUAAUCAUCGUGCGAUCUCGAGGAUUUGAGAUCGAACGGAAACAGUACGACGCGUCGUCGAUCAGCGUAAGAUAUCGAUCAUCGCCAUUGUUGAAUUUUGAGAAAUCGUUUAAAGUGUCGAAUCUUGUGCUUUUCAUUACGUUUGCUAGCCUUCUCGGCCACGGCAACGUUAUCGAUUUAGUGACCGGUGAAAUUCGAUCGAUAUUGCUUCGCGUAUAACUCGAUUCGUGCGAAGAAUAGCACGGUGCUGUGGUUAAUCGGACCGAGAUCGUAAAGAUCGAAAGCAAACACGUUUCGAGUCAGUGUUCUUUUCCUUCUCGCGUGUGCGUGUUUGAGCUUGUGCGUUUCGUUUUUCUUGUUUUAUCUCCGAUCGCUCUUGCCGUGUGCCUCGACGCCGAAACGAAUCGAUGGAUCGACGCUGAGGGUCGCUCAGAAGAAUUCACGAAGAAACAGCCAGAAAUGAAGACCACACAACGCGCAUUAAGUUUCGACGAGACGUCGAUGGACAGCUGUCCGUUGGCAGCGAUCACCGAGGCAAGGCCAGGCGAUUUGUCCAAGGAUGGCAACGAGAUGGAAGUGACAUCGCUGGAAGAGGCAAAAUCGGUAAUAGCUGCGCUUCGAGCGAGGCAAAGAGCGCAGGCGCAUCAAAUGCUCGCCUGGCGAAGGACCCUGAAAUUGCAGGAGGACCUCGUGGCACGGCUGACAAGGGAGAAAGCGGAGCAGCUACGGACAUUGUCCUCGCAGCUGCUGCUCUUCGAAUCGAGGCUUUGUCGAAAACAGAAGGAGAUCGAGGCUAGUCUGGCGCAACGAGAGUCCAUUAUUCUCAGACAACAGAGGGUGAUUCGUCAAUUGCAAAGCAGAUUGGCGGAAAGAAGUGCCGGGACGAGAGAUUCGCCACCUUGCGACGCUCUGGAUAGAUUGGACAGUCUCGGAGACAGCGACAGCGCCGUUGUUCUCGAGGAGGCGGCGGACGACCUAGCGCCACCGAGGUUUCGCUCGAACAUCACCGACGUGACGGUGAUCCGAUCGGUUUCGGACGCGGUCGAACCGUCGAGCAAGUACUCGUCGAUGCGACGAUGCAACGGUUUCCUCAGGAGACCGGAGAUCUUGGAGACCGUUUACUCGGUGGAGGAGGACGGAGACAGCGAAAACAAUCAGGACCCGUCCGAAUCGACGGAAAACUCGGAAUGCGAGGAGAGACGGGCAAAGAACUUGGGAAACGGAAAGGGCAGACUUCAGGAUUUGUACGGCAGCUUCGAGAGACUCGCUCAAGAGGCAGACUCCCCGCCCAACGAGAGACCGAGGGACGAAAGUCAGCAGGCGCAGGUCACGUACAACAGGGUAAUGAGUAAUCACCGAUCAGUGACGAAGCCAAAAGACGUUAAGUACAAGAGGAUAAACAAGGCGAAGUCGAAAAGCCUGGAAGAACUGAGGGGACGACUGAGAAAUUGGGUGGAGAAAGGGAACAAAAUCGCUAUAUCGUUGGAUCAAUCUUACGCCUGAAUCUCUACUUUCUGAAAGUAUAUUAUACAAAUUGUUGGAAACGGCGAUCGAGAUCGAUCGAUCGUUCGUCGUCGUGCACGCGGCAACCUCGAGCGUCGACGAUAUAGUAGCGGACGUCGACGCGAUCGAUCGCCGUUGUAUAUUUAAUUAAAAUUCUCAUCGCUCCAUGUGAUAUUUACCGUAGUGUCUCGAGAAUUAAUUAGAAACUUUACGCACCGCGGAAUACGUUGCGCGUGGACAAUUUUAACAUUUGUGAUAUAUAUAAUGAUUUUAUGAUAAUGCAACCACGUUAUCUAGUGAUAAUUAUGGUCGUCGCGAUCGCGGAACGGUAAGAGGAGUAACGCUAAUGGACGAGAACGAGACGAGAUAAUCGAGAAUAUUUGCUAUUCGCGUAAACGUAACUUGUACUAUGUCAAACUCGCGUUGCCAAAUUCUCUGGCGUACAAUCUGCAUCGUAAAUCGAAAUUGCCUCUCUCACCGCGAACGAAACUAAACGCGCGCCCGAUAUAACCGAGUCGUAGCUUCCUUCCUUCCUUUCCACACGUUCGCCAAAUCGUCGAUCACUGACUGACGCAACGUUUAAUCGGUACGAGAUAUCGCAGCUUCUUCAAAAAGAGAAGAACGUACGCCCGAUCGCAUUGUCCAACGGAUCUGAGCUCGAUCUUUUAUCUCUAAAAAUUGCUUAAACGCCUUAUAUAUGGCUCUGUCGCGUCAUACUCCCUUAUCCGCCUGUAUAUCUUUGCCUAUACGCAAAAAGAACAAACGGGAUAAAAGCUUUCAACGCGUCAUACGCGAAACUUGUACGAUAUUCUCGAGCAUCUUACGAGAUACGAUAUCUUCUUUCUUAUGUCGUUCAACGAACAUCCUACAUUUUAUUCGGUAUCGACAAAUGUGCCACUCUAUCUACUUUUCUAUUAAGAUUUCGUAGGGCGAACUUGCUCAUCGAUUCUAUCGCCAGGCUAAUCGAAACAACCGACACUGUGUACCGUAGCGAAAAGAGACCCGAUUCGAGUUAACGCGCUUACCGUAAUCGUAGAUAUCGAAAAUUAUUAUCGAGAGGUAAUACUAUAUGAAAUAUGCGUAUACCGAACGAUAAAUGCUUUAAAAAAUCACGAUACUUAAAGUAUCGAUGAAUAUAUUUUGACUCGACCAUUGUAUUCCGUUACUGCGAUUGUUUCGAUCGGUCUGGCUACUGAAUUUCUUUAGAUAAUCUUCGAGAUUAUCUGAUUUAAUCGACGGAAGAUAAUCAAUAUCUAUAUAUGUAUAUGUGAUGCAUUUACUGAAUCUAAUGCAGCACGAGUUAUUUUUCGAGAUUUACGAAUGUCUUUUCGAUGCGAUUAAAAAAAAUGUUCGUAAGACACGAGUUACACUGUAGCAUAAUAUUUUUCGAUCGUUCUUUACGCCGUACCAACGACACGAACUCGACACUCUAUUUAUUUAUCGACCAUGUAUGUGCGGCCGUCGUCUAACCUUUCUGUCUCAUUUUAUUCAAAUGAGAAAACUAUUCUUGCGGGUACCUGUGUAAUGUUAAAAAAUACAUAGAAACGUUUUCUAUUUCGCGUUCCGUUCGAGGCGAAUUUAUAUUUAACCGGCGCGUCCUCGAACGGGAUAAGGGUACAAGAAAACUAUCGACAAUCCCCAAUUUUGAAAAAAAAAAAAAACACACAAAACAUAUUCUAUUAGAGAGGAAUCUACAGAAAGUUCUUUUGUAAAUAAGAUGAGAUGAAAUAUAUAUAUAUAUAUAUUAUGAUAUGUAAUAGCUUAAGGUUAAGACUCUUCGGAAUUCUGCAAAAGAUUAUCAUGUAGAUAGCCGCGUUAAUAAGAACAAUAAAUUUUAACGAUAGAGAAUCAAGUUUUAUGUUCCUGUAGGCUGCAUAACAGCCAUCGACAGAUCUCGUGCAUAAUAUAUUUGCGCGCUUAUAAAUACAUAUACUUAUAAAUAAAUCGCAUAUAAAUAUACAAAUAUAUAUAAACGAAAUACUAUAUGAAACUGUAAUUGAGUCUACUUUGCUAAUGGCGAAAUGGGAAUGAGAGAAGAAAAAAGUCGGAAUAACCUGAGCACACUGACUCUGAUGAAUCUGUGGUAUCGUAUUUACAGAUGUUCCAAUAUACGCGUGAACGAUAUAGAUGCUACAGAACCGAUACAGAUAUCACAAAUGGUUUAUAAAGAAAGUCGACUGUCAUUCUAAUUUAUGUAAACGAUGUAUCGUGUAUACCAUCGCUUUCUUAGAAAAUUAGUAAACUGCUAUCGAUAUUAAUAAUUACCGCAUUAUUAUUUUAAUUAUUAUAUUAAAUCGCAAAUAAAUUAUAAUACAAAAA